AUGAGCACAGUAACUGGUAAAUCUUACGUGGUUGCUGUUGAUCAGCAGCAACAGGAGAAAAAUCGGAAAUUUCUGCGUAUUAUCCUUAUCUUCGUUGGCGUUAUCAUAUUGCUGGCCGCGUUGUUCCUUGCCAUUGUCAUUUACAGAACACUUAAGACAGGUGUUCAAAGGAAAAGUUUUACUGCAGUUGAUAGUAAUAGUACUGAGUUUACUUCUAAUCAAUCGUUACAAGACUUUCGGUCUGCACGGACAUGUCAAUAUGGACGAACAGAAUGUGAAUUUCGGGCGACAUGCACUUUGGAAAAUGAAUGUCGGUGUCUAUUUAAUUGUAAUGACCAGGGUGAAUCUGUUCGCGAUGAAACCACUGGAAUAACUUAUUCUAAUCAAUGUCAAUUAGACAGAGCAAGAUGUAACACUUAUUACCAAUCACUAGUGUCCAAAGAAGAUUUAGCUUGUUCGUCGAUGAUAUGUUCCGAUGGAUCGAAAUGCGAAAUGGACACCGAUGGUUUGCCUUACUGUUCUUGUCCAGACGAAUGCAAUAAAUACAAUUAUGGCAGAUCAUCCGACGGACCCGUUUGUGGUACGGAUAAUCAAACAUACAAAACCGUAUGUGAUUUAAAUAAAAAAGCGUGUCGAACUCGAGAGAAUCUAACUGUGGCAUAUACUGGCGAGUGUCAAGGUUGUCAUCACGCGAAUUGUCCUCCAAGUGCAAAUCAAUGCAAUCCUCACACCCAAUGUUCAGCGGAAUAUUAUCCAAUAUGUGCAAGUAAUCUUCAAGAGUAUUCGAAUGAAUGUGAAAUGCAUAAAUAUGCAUGUCAAUCAAAUAUACAUUUAAGUAAAUUGCAUGUUGGCUCGUGCGAUUUACUCGAACAACAACGAUUAGUAGAAGCUUGUAAACCACUUAUGUGUUUUAAUGGGAAAACAUGUAUGAUCGAAAAUGGUAUUGGUGUUUGCCGAUGUUUAUUCAAUUGUUCAUCACAAGAAAACACAGUAUGCGGAUCAAAUGGAAUCAUCUAUCGAAAUCUAUGUGAACUGGAACGUGAUCGUUGUCUGCGUGAAGAGAAUAUUGUACCGGUUGAUCAUUCCUACUGUAUAUCAACAUGUGAAACCAUCCAUUGUCCAUAUGGACAAUGCCGAAAAAACGACAAUGGUCAAGUGAAAUGUGAAUGCACACAAUGUUCAGGACCAUACUCAGAUCAGGACAAAAUUUGCGGUAACAAUGGCAUCACGUACUCAUCGAAAUGUCAUUUGGAAUACGAUGCCUGUACGCGCCAUUCGAACAUAGAACCGAUUCAUAUGGGAGAGUGUAACAAUUGUCAUAAUGUGACGUGUCCAUUCUUUGGUGAAUGCCGAUCAGAACAGGGAAAUUACAGUUGCAAUUGCCCAUCGAAAGAGACAUGUCCACCGACUCGAAAUGAUGACUCAUACGCCAUCUGUGCAAGUAAUCAACAAUUAUUUUCCAAUCAAUGUGAAAUGAACAUUCGAUCAUGUGAACUACAAACUCAUCUCUACGCUAUUGCACCACAGUAUUGCACUCGAGAAACAAACGAUCCUGACUAUAAUCGCGAAUGUAAUUAUGAUGAACCAUUAUUCGACGCGAUAUUGAAUCGUAAUACAGAAUGUGACACUCUUGGACGUUGUCCGAUGAAUAGCUAUUGUAACCCGCAAACUAACCGAUGUUGUGUUCGAGUUAUAACGGCUAUACUACCCUAUCGAACGUGUUCAUCGAAUAGUCAAUGUGGCAAGAAUAUGGUGUGUUUAAGUGGCCUGUGUGAAUGUGCUAGACAAAAUUUUGUACCAGCAAGAAAAAAACGAGAAUGCGUUGCUGUUCCACAUCUAAUGAUGGGUUCAACUUGUACUGACUCGCCAUAUGGUUGUUGUAGUGACAAUAUUACUAUUUCACCUAGUCUAGAUCGACGUGGAUGCCCAGAAUAUUGUCAAUGUCAUUCAACUGGAUCAUUACAAUCUUCGUGUGAUCCAAUGACAAAUGCAUGUUACUGUCGGCCAGCUGUCGGUGGAUCGAGUUGUUCGCAUUGUGAAAAUGAAUAUUGGGGAUUUUCACGCAUCUUGACACAUAAUAAUACCGGAUGUACUCCCUGUGGUUGUCAUCCGUAUGGUUCAACACGAAAAGAUUGUCUUCAAGAUACUGGCGAAUGCGCUUGCCAUUCAUUUGCCACAGGUCGUCAAUGUGAUAAAUGCAUUGAUUCAUCGUUGACAUUGACCGAACGUGGAUGCAUCAAUAUACAUAAAAAUCGUCGUCGUCCACGAUCAUGUCGAGAUCUUGAGUGUCUUUUUGAAGGUAUAUGUCAAAUCGUACAUGGUCAUCCUCGUUGCACAUGUCAUCAUGUAACAUGUACAACUGAUGAGCAACGUCCAAUGGAUAUAUGUGCAUCGGAUGGGCGAACUUAUAAAUCGAAAUGUACAAUCAAGAAACAACAAUGUUUAAAACAAUACGAAAUUGGUUUAAUCUAUCCAGGUGUUUGUACAGCAACUGAUAGUUCAUCAAAGGAAUACAGUCAGAUGGAAGAAGAUUUCUCGACGCAAGAGGAAGAAGAUAUUUCACCUGAUUACUCAUCACCGAUGAUGCCCGUUGAUUCAAAACGAUGUGUAACGAAUUCCGAUUGUGGAGAAAAUAUGGUUUGUCUGUCGGAGUUUUGCGAAUGUGCCAAACAGAAAUACAAACGAAUACCAGGACCACGAUGCGUGGCGCCUCAUUCAAAUCUCGUUGCCACAAAUUAUACACUUAAUCCCGUUCGUCGUACAACUAUGGGUGCUUGUCUACGACGUACUCCAUGUGAGAAUCAAGCAACCUGUAUCGAUAGACCAGAUGGAAACUACAAAUGUCUGUGUGCAUUCGGUUGGCAGGGACGACAUUGUAAUGAAAGAUUCGAAGUGACAAUUCCACAUUUCAAUCGUCAAUCGUACUUUGAACUGAAGUUUCAAAUCUCUACUAAACCAAACGAGAAUCAACUUCUUCGUAUUGAUCUCAUAUUUGCGUCUGAACAUCAAAAUGGUCUACUUCUUUAUGCUGAUGAUAAAUUAACCGAAUUUUACUUCAUUAUCUCCAUUCGAAAUAGAAUUCUUGAUAUAACGGUUCGUCUUGAUCAUUUUAUCUCGACAAUUCAAUUAUCAGACAUGAUUGAACUUGAUAAAUAUGCUCGUCUACAAGUACAUAUUUUACAUAAUGAAAUACGUGCAAGAUUGAAUGAUGGGAACAUUUCAUCAAGAUUAUUACCAUUUGGUAGUUCAUUUAAAAGUACACUAUAUCUCGGAGGUUUACCCGAUUCUCUUCGUUCUCUUUAUCAACGUUUUCAUCUUGAUGACGGGUUUCAAGGAUGUAUCCACGAAGUGUCUAUCAACGGUCGACGAUUAACAUUCAAUAAUUCUGAUCAUCAUAUCAUUCUCAGCGCGCAAAAUAUUGAUGAAUGCAUCGCAAAUCCAUGUCGAUCAGGUAUUGCAUCAUGUCAAAACGAAACUCGUUGUAUGCCAAUACGAAAUAAUGACGCGAACAGUUAUAAAUGUGUGUGCGAUGAUUACCUAUCGUCAUCAAAUACUGAUUGUUUGACAUCAUCCAUUGAUCGAUGUUCAACAAAACCAUGUACUUAUGACCAACAAUGUAUUAAUGUGUAUCCGAAUAAUUAUACGUGUAUUUGUUCAAAUUGCUCUUCAAGUUAUCAAUAUAUCGCUGGAUUUUACACAAAUAGUUAUAUAAAACGUCCUCCACUGGAACCCAUUGAACAUACGGGAAAGUUUACAUUGGAAAUCUGGUUUCUAAGCGAAAGCUCAUCAGGUUUACUGAUCUACAGUGAUCAUGUUAACGCGAAAAAAGGAUAUUUUACUAUUUCCAUUCAAAGACGAAUGGUCAUCUGUACUAUUAUGAUUGGUGGUAAAACAAUGUCACUUAGCUCUCGAUAUCCGAUCGAAUUGAAUAAAUGGCAUCAAGCGAUCAUUGAAAUUUAUGGUCAAAAAUUAACUUUAAUUGUCGAUCAGGAACCUCCUGUUGUCACCUAUGAACUAUUUUCUGUAAAUAUGCUCUGGCCACGUUCAUUCACAUUCAUUGGCAAUCUUCCAAUUCAAUAUCGUUCCUUCGAUAUGUUCCCAAAUUCGAUUCUCUUCGAAGGAUUUCACGGUGCCAUACAAAAAAUUGUUGUCAAUAAUCAUUCAUUGAAAGAUAUUCGUCAAGACGCAAUUGAAUUAUACAACAUCAGUGAAUAUGCUGGUUACCCUUGCCAUCCGAAUCCUUGUGCACUCGAUGAGAUUUGUCAACAAAUUGAACUGAAUAACUACACAUGUCAGUUACGAUCAAAACAAUCGAUGUCAAAUGAAAUGUCAAUUGAAUUAGAUGGAAAACAGAACUUGAUUUAUUCAUAUUUACCAUUGAAUUUCCAUCGGAAUUACUUUAAACUACAAUUUCGAACGACGAAUUCGUAUGGUUUAAUAUUUUAUCUUGGAAAUACAACACUCAGCGCUUUUUCUCAAUAUAUGUCAUUAACAAUUGUUAAUGGUUUUCUACAAUUUACAGCUAAACUUGAUCGAGAUUCCAAUGAAGUUUUCCUCCUGACAAAAAUUCGAGUCGACGACGGUCAAUGGCAUCGCAUUGAGAUCGAAAGAUAUCGUCGUCGAAUAACAAUGAAACUCGAUGAUAACUAUCCCCGUCGUGUGAUUUCUUCCAGUCGUAUCACGGAAUUUCGUCCAUAUCCGACCUAUAUUCAUAUUGGUGGUUAUCAACAUCUCUGUGCAUAUAAUGAGCAACAUUGUCACGCCUAUCGUGGAUGUAUAAAAAACAUUUUUCUUGAUAAAUACUUUCUCGAUUUACUCAACGAUGAAAUUAAUCAAAUGUCUUCAUUAAAACCUUGUCAAGCACUCGCCGGAUAA